AAGAUGCGAUGGUGUAAUGAGGCUAGCUCUGGGUUCCCGCAAUCUUCUGUAGAAGCCGGCUAAAUAUUUAGUUUUACUGUAUCAGUUCGAUUGGAUUAGAGAUUGCAAAGAAGGUACUUAAACUUUGGAUUAUCGACCAAACGGUCCAUUAUUUUUCCAGGAUCGUAUUGGUUCUGAGUGAGCCGUGAGUGGCCAUGACGGAGAUAGAGUCGUACAGCAACAAUCUGCGAUGGGAUUCGCAGCCGAUGGAAGAGGAUUUUGAUGCUGGAAAUAAUUCCUCAAAAUUAUUUGAACGUUCCAGAAUAAAGGCAUUAGCAGACGAAAGAGAAAACGUACAGAAAAAGACCUUUCAAAAAUGGGUCAAUUCACAUUUAGUCCGCGUAGGAUGCAAGAUAGCAGACCUGUACGUGGAUUUACGAGAUGGAAAGAUGCUAAUGAAAUUACUUGAGGUUUUAUCAGGAGAACGACUUCCUAAACCAACCAAAGGAAAAAUGAGAAUUCACUGCCUUGAAAAUGUAGACAAAGCCCUCGGUUUCCUCCAUGAACAGAGAGUACAUUUAGAAAAUAUGGGCGCCCACGAUAUCGUGGAUGGUAGCUCACGACUCACUCUUGGUCUUAUAUGGACCAUAAUCCUUAGAUUCCAGAUCCAAGACAUUACAUUUGAAGAAUCAGAUAAUAGUGAAACAAAAUCGGCUAAAGACGCCCUACUACUGUGGUGUCAGAUGAAAACUGCCGGAUACCCAAAUGUUAAUGUUCGUAACUUCACUUCAAGUUGGAGAGAUGGCCUCGCAUUUAAUGCUCUCAUUCAUAAACACAGACCUGACCUUAUACAAUAUGAAAAACUACAGAAAUCUAACGCUGUACACAAUCUUAACAAUGCUUUUACCGUGGCUGAGGAAAAACUCAGUCUUACACCAUUGUUGGAGGCUGAAGACGUCAAUGUGGACUUCCCCGAUGAAAAGUCUAUCAUCACAUACGUUGUUACAUAUUAUCAUUACUUCUCUAAGAUGAAGGCUGAUUCAGUCCAGGGAAAACGUAUUGGAAAGGUCAUUGAUGGUUGUAUUGAUAGUGAGACUAAUGUCCACGAAUACGAGAGUUUGACCUCUGACCUGUUAGAAUGGAUAGAACAGACCAUCGUUAUAUUAAACGACCGACAGUACGCCAACUCUCUAACUGGUGUUCAACAACAACUUGCUGCAUUUAAUACAUACAGAAUAGUAGAGAAACCCCCAAAGUUUGAUGAGAAGGGCAACUUAGAAGUCCUUCUCUUUACCAUCCAAAGUCAAAUGAGGGCCAACAAUCAACGCCCUUAUUUACCCAAAGAGGGUAAAAUGGUUUCGGACAUAAACAAGGCAUGGGAACGGCUAGAACACGCAGAACAUGCAAGGGAACUGUCCUUACGUGAAGAACUGAUCAGACAAGAGAAAUUGGAGCAACUUGCUGCCCGAUUUGAUAGAAAAGCCGGUAUGCGUGAAACUUGGUUGAGUGAAAAUCAACGCCUUGUGUCAACAGAUAAUUUCGGAUCGGACUUGGCUUCCGUGGAAGCUGCUACAAAGAAACAUGAAGCUAUAGAGACAGACAUUAACGCCUACGAAGAACGAGUGAAGGCUGUUAAAGCUGUAGCCAGAGAACUAGAACAAGAAAACUAUCACGAUAUCGUGAGAAUAAAUGCCAGAAAAGACAAUGUUAAUCGUUUAUGGGAUUAUUUAUUAGAAUUGUUACGAGCUCGUAGAAUGCGACUUGAAUCAACUCUUAGUUUACAGAAAGUAUUCCAAGAAAUGUUAUACAUUCUCGACUGGAUGGGUGAGAUCAAAGCUCGACUAUCGUCAGACGAUUAUGGUAAACAUCUGAUGGGUGUCGAAGAUUUACUACAGAUACACAGUCUAUUGGAGGCAGACGUCCACGUCGUAGGUGAACGUGUUAAAACCGUUAAUGGUAUGGCCAGUCGCUAUGUAGACGGCGACAUACCAGAACUCUCAGGUUACCAUCCCUGUGAUCCAGAAAUGGUAAAAGAACGUACGACCACACUGGAAUCAGCGUACGCAGAACUAGAACAGUUAGCGGCAGACAGACGCGCUCGUCUGGAAGAGUCGUGUAAAUAUUGGAGAUUCUCAUGGGAAAUUGCAGAUGAAGAAGGUUGGAUUAAAGAAAAGGAACAACUUAUGUCAUCACCAGAGUUGGGACAUGAUCUCACUAGUGUCACCUUACUUUUAUCCAAACAUAAGGCUAUUGAGGAUGAGAUGACUGCCCGCCAUUCCCAUCUGAAGUCCGUGACCCAGGUUGGUGACGAUCUCAUUGAAGCUGGUAAUUUCGGAGCAGACAAGAUUCAGCAGAAUAUAGAUGAGAUUAAUCAACAAUGGGAAAGUUUAAUAGAUCUAGCUGCUUAUCGCAAAAAACGCCUCUUAGAGGCUGUCGAUUUCUAUCAAUUUUUCGCAGAUGCGGAUGAUGUAGAUACAUGGAUGUUGGAUACAUUACGUAUGGUAUCUAGUGAAGAUGUUGGUAAAGAUGAAGCCAGUGUUCAAUCUCUCCUUAAAAAACAUAAGGAGGUAACAGAAGAACUGAAGAAUUACCAAACAUCUAUCGAAGCAUUACAUGAACAAGCUGCCGGUCUCGGGGAACAAGACCGAGAAUCACCUGAUGUACAGAGUAGAUUAGGUAGCGUAGACAGAAGAUAUCAAGAAUUAUUGGAACUUGCUAAACUGCGAAAACAGAGACUUCUCGAUGCCCUUUCGUUAUAUAAAUUAGCCAACGAAGCCGAUGGUGUUGAAACAUGGAUUGACGAAAAGGAGAAAUUCCUUACAACCAUAACUAUGACCGAUGAUAUUGAAGAAUUAGGCAUAAUGAAACAUCGCUUUGACAGCUACGAGCACGAGAUGAAUUCGACAGCUUCUAAGGUAGCUGUUGUUAAUCAGCUGGCCCGUCAACUAUUGACAGUAGAACAUCCUAACGCCGAGGAAGUUAUUACAAAACAAAAUCAGCUCAACCAAAGGUGGAACAGCCUUCGGGAACAUGUGGACCAAAAACGAGGCGAAAUCGAUCUUUCUCACGGACUUCAAAAUUUCCAUAUUGAAUGUAAUGAAACAAUUAGUUGGAUUAAUGAGAAAGCUAAGAUUAUAGAAUCAACUGAAGAUUUAGGUAAUGAUUUAGCUGGUGUCAUGACUCUACAGAGACGACUCAGUGGUAUGGAGAGAGAUUUAGCUGCUAUUGAAGCUAAGUUGGAGAAUCUCCAGUCGGAAGCCGAUAGAUUACAAGAAGAGAAACCAGAAGAAGCUCAGGCUAUUCGUGAUAAGAUCGCGGAAAUUAACAGUGUCUGGCUGGAUCUUAAAGACAUGUUGAAGGACCGAGAUGAGAAAUUAGGUGAAGCUGGAGAAUUACAACGUUUCCUUGCCAGUUUGGAUCACUUCCAACAAUGGUUGGCCAGAACACAAACAACCAUUGCUUCCGAAGAUACCCCAACAAGUCUGGCCGAGGCUGAGAAACUUCUCAAUCAACAUCAACAGAUCAAAGACGAGAUUGACGCCUACGCACCAGAAUAUCAGAAAAUUAAAGAUUAUGGCGAUAAAGAAACAGAGGGACAGACUGAUCCUCAACAUAUGUUCUUGGCACAGCGUCUACAAGCUCUAGACGAUGGUUGGCAUGAAUUAUUACAGAUGUGGGAGAACAGACAACAACAUCUGUCACAGAGUCUUAACUAUCAGAUGUUCUUACGUGAUGCUAAACAAGCCGAAGUAUUAUUGAAUCAACAAGAGAAUUUUCUUUCUAAAGAAGAUGUUCCGAGUUCAGUCGGGUUUGCCGACAAGCAGAAUUCUGUACAAUCUGCGGAGAAUUUGAUCAAACGCCAUGAUGCCUUUAUUACUACGAUGGAAGCAAACGAUGAGAAGGUUAAUGCCGUUUGUAAUUUUGCUGACCGCCUUAUUGAAGACAAUCAUUUCGCUGCUGACAAAAUCGCUAAAAAAGCAGAAAACAUCAGUGAAAGGAGAGAUGCAAAUCACCAGAAAUCCAAUGAACAACUUGAUAGACUUAAAGAACAAUUACAGAUGCAACAAUUUAUACAAGAAUGGGACGAGCUUAAUGAUUGGUUGAAUGACAAGAUGGCCGCCGCCCAUGACGAAUCUUACCGAGAUGCUAAGAAUCUCCACAGUAAAUACAUGAGACAUCAAGCUUUUGAAUCAGAAAUUGCUGCCAACAAAGAACGACUAGAAGCCAUUAAACAGGAGGGAGAAGAAUUGAUGAAGAACAAACCUGAGAUGAGAGAACAGAUCGGACCAAUGUUACAAGAAAUAGACAGCCAAUGGGAGAAUCUGGAAGGUACCACCAAAGCCAAGGGAGAGAAACUAUUCGAUGCCAAUAGAUCGGUGCUCUACACCCAGAGUUGCGAUGAUGUCGAUGGAUGGAUUAACACCAUUGAGUCGCAAGUUAUCACAUCAGAAGACUUUGGUAAAGAUCUUACCACAGUUAACCUUUUGGUUCAGAAACAAAAUAUGAUGGAGAAUGAGAUGAAAAUAAAAGAACAACAAGUACAGGAAUUAGAAUCUCAGGCCGUUCAUUUAAAACGAUUAGAACCCGACAGAGAAGCCGAGAUAGAGGCUCGUAAAGCUCUUGUUGCAGAAAGAUUCGCCAAAAUCCAGAGACCUUUAGUCCAGAGACGAAAUCAACUGGAGAAGGUGAAGAGAAUUCAUCAGUUUAUGCGUGAUAUCGAGGAUGAGAAAUUAUGGAUAGAAGAAAAGAAACCAUUGGCUGAUUCUACUAACUAUGGAAACAGUCUACUGAGCGUGCAACUGCUGAUCAAGAAAAAUCAAACGCUACAGAGAGAAAUCGAGAAUCACGAACCUCGUAUACGAUCGGUGUGUGAUAUCGGCCAGGAAUUAAUCGAUGAAGAACAUCCACAAUCUGAAGAAUUUUCUGGUUUAAUGAACGACUUAGUACAAAGAUGGCAGGAAUUGAAGGAUUCUGUUGAUGCUAGACGUGACCGAUUACAACUUUCAGAAACAGCACAACAAUACUACUUCGAUGCCAAUGAGGCCGAGUCGUGGAUGAGUGAACAAGAGUUGUAUAUGAUGGGAGAAGAUCGAGCCAAGGAUGAGACGGGAUCAGAGAAUAUGAUGAAGAAACAUCAAGUAUUAGAAAACGCUGUCGAUGAUUACGCUGAUGUUGUUCGACAGUUGGGUGAACGAAGUAGAAACUUAAUAGAAACGGAACAUCCUGAUUGUGACCAAGUUGCCCUUCGACAAUCUCAGAUCGAUAAAUUAUACGCUGGUUUACGAGAUUUAGCCAACGAGCGUAGAGGUAAAUUAGGAGAAGUUUUAAAAUUAUAUUCCUUACAUCGGGAGAUUGAAGAUUUAUUACAGUGGAUUGCAGAAAAAUCUGUACAUGCUGGUUCUAAUGAUCCAGGUCAAGAUUUUGAACAUGUCACAUUAUUAAAAGAACGAUUCCGAGAAUGGGCUCGUGAGACAGAAGCACAAGGUAAAGACAAAGUGUCCGCUAAUAAUGAGGAAUGUGACCAAUUAAUGCUGGCCGAUCAUUCGGAUUCGGCUACGAUAGCAGAAUACAAAGAUCAGGUGAACGAAGCAUGGACCGAUUUAUUGGAAUUAAUCGACACAAGAACGCAGAUGUUACAGGCAUCAUGGGAAUUACAUAAAUACUGCUCAGAUUGUAAAGAUACGUUAGAAAAUAUUUAUGAAAAACAACACCAAAUACCAGAAGAACUUGGUAGAGAUGCUCAGAGUGUUGCCGCUCUACAGAGGAAACAUGCCAACUUUGAAAAUGAUUUAGUCACGUUAGGUCACCAGGUUGAAGCUAUUCAAACAGAAUCCUACAGAUUACAAUCCGCGUAUGCUGGAGAACGAGCUCAGGAUAUACAACAACGUGAAGCUGAGGUGAUUGAAGCGUGGAGAAAUCUACAUAUAACAGUUGAACGAAGACGCAUGCAACUCGCAGACUCUAGUGAUCUUUAUAAAUUCUUCCUGAUGGCUCACGACCUGAGAUUGUGGAUGGAUGAUAUCCAGAGACAGAUGAAUACACAAGAAAAACCAAGAGAUGUAUCUGGUGUAGAAUUAUUAAUGAACAAUCAUCAGAGUUUGAAAGCUGAGAUCGACGCUAGAGAAGAGAAUUUUGCUAUCUGUAUUAAUCUGGGUCGUGAUUUGUUAUCUAGAAAACACUACAGAUCAGAGGAGGUACGAGAGAAAUUGAUUCAACUAACACUCCAGAGAUUGGACAUGACCGAACAAUGGAGUGACAGAUGGGAACAUUUACAACUGAUCCUCGAAGUCUAUCAGUUCGCUCGGGAUGCUUCUGUAGCAGAAACAUGGUUGAUGGCUCAAGAUCCUUACUUAAACAACCAAGAUCUGGGAGAAACAUUAGAUGCUGUUGAAACACUCAUCAAAAAACACGAGGCUUUUGAAAAAUCAGCUGCUACACAAGAAGAAAGAUUCGCAGCUUUAGAAAAAUUAACAACCUUUGAAUUAAAAGAUAGAGAAAAGAGAAAGCAAGAAGAAUAUAAUAAAGCACAUCCUGAAGAAGUGGCUAGAAAUAAGGAAGCCGAAAGACGACAAUAUAUCCAGGAAUUCUUACCACCGCCAGAACCUACGCCAGAACCAGAACCUGUACGUGAAUUAUCAGCAGAAGGUUUAUCUGUUUCUACUGAACGAGGAACUGGAGAUGAUGGCGCUAUGACCAGCAGCGGAGAAAAGGAAGCAGAAUUAACGCCAGGAACCAGCAAGGAAAAACCUCAAACAAAACAAAUGGACAGAGAUGUGUCGACACCCAAGUCAGCACCAAAACGAGAACAAUUAUCACCGUUGUCGUCACCUGAAUCGCCGGCUGCAUUCUCGCCGUCACCUAAAGCAUCUCCACGAUCACAAUCCACUAAAGAGAAGAAAAGAUCACGAUCGAAAUCACCGUUUGGAAAAUUUUUCUCUCGAAAGAGAGACCAAGAUAACGAAGAAGAACAAGCAUCAGGUGGAGGAGAUGUCCCACGAGAAGAAGGUAUGCUGACACGUAAACAUGAAUGGGAAUCAAGUGACAAGAAGGCUGGAAACAGAUCGUGGGAUAAAGUCUAUACAGUUUUAUCUGGGUCACAAUUAUCGUGCUACAAGGACCAGAAACACGCAAAAUCGGAUCCUAAGAAUCGUAUACAUCAUGAGCCAGCUAUUGAAUUACUCGGUGGACAAAGUAAUGUGGCGUCUGACUACACCAAACGACCAUCUGUAUUCCGUUUAAAACUUGCCAAUGGUGGUGAAUAUUUAUUCCAGGCAAAGGAUGAUACUGAGAGAGAUACAUGGAUUUUACGUAUAAAUGGUUGUACAGGAGGAGAGGGUGCCAGUAUGCCAUCACGUUCACAGACGCUUCCAGCACGUACAGACGAGUCAAAGAAAGAGGAACACAAAAAACGCAGCUUUUUUACGCUGAAGAAAAAGUAAAUUAAGGACAUUUAAUGACUAAAUAUGGGCAUAAUGCUUUGGAUGGAAUCUCGAACCACACAAUAGAAUACUAAGGAAGAAGAAACGCCAUCUUAAUUCCCUGUGAGAAGUAGUGAUCAGCAUUUUUAGAUAGAAUAUAUAUAUCGACAUCUAUUGUAAUUUAUUAGACUGAAACAAAACUGGAGAAAUUAUCAUAACCGACACUCGGAGUAAAAUACAUUUUAAAUUUUUUUUUUUUUUUUUUAACUUUUUAUUUUCUUUAUAGUAUUUUUAAUUUGUAUAAUUCACGCAUUUUUAAUCGUUCUUUAUGACUCCAGCUAUUAACAUUGGGAUGUGAAUUAAAAUUAACAUUCCAUGUUCUGUGAUUUCGCUAUAUGUACACUACACUUCACCUGCAUGCUUCUUGCCGCCUACCACCAUCAGACACAAGACAGGAUGCAGACGUGAACAAUGGAUGUCAUCGAUCAAGGGAAGAAGAAGAAAAAUAAUUUUAGAUUAUUUUUUUUUAGUGUGGACAAUCGUUUUGGAUAAUUUUAUUAUCGCUGAAACUGUUUAAAUGUUGGGAUCAGAUUCUAUUCAAAGCAGGAUCGAAGCUGCCUGCUUGUUGUAGAAACAAGGAAUUGCUUUUUUUUUUAAAAGAAGUGUUAUAAUGACUUUCAUGCUGUGCUGAAUCUGAUGGAGCUAUUUAUAGAUAGAGAUACGAAUGGAAUAUCAUCGUCGAGGAAACUAGUUUGGAAUAUUAGGAAAUAAAGAAAGUAGAAAAUAAUCAUUAUUCGUUUGUUAGAUUUUUCGCGUUUUCAUCUUCUACGGUCUUCAUCUGUUGGACGUCGUCGUCGCAUUCCAUCUAUGCAAGGCAGAUGUAAAUCUAGUUUCAGCUCGUGUCGUUAACUUGUGGCCUCGCAGACGUUCAGGUGUUUACAACAAGACGUCCUUUUUAGACUCAUCUACAUUGCUUGGAUACCGUUGUUAUGGUUACUAAGCUGUUGUCAUGGUAACGCCUCCAGUGACCUGUACAAGUUAUAACCAAUCAUGUAUUUGUGACUCGUAUAUAAACAUAUAUAUAUAUAUUUAAUCUGUUACGUUUAAUGAACUUCAGUUCACUUAUGUAAUGAGCUCUACUUUGGUUUUUAUCCAAUUUCAUGCUUUUCACGUGAGCGAAAGCCGAGAAACACUUUAACAAAAUCUCUUAACUAGACACGUCACAUGAUUUCAUUGAUAGACAUUUGAUUAAAGAAAAAUGGCUUAAGAAAAUCAUGUUUUCGUAUAUAUGACGAAAAUAGUCUUGUUUGUCAAGUUUUGUUAUAAUAAUGGCAAAAGAAACUUUAUAACUAAAUCUCUUUACUGGAAAGACAACAUGAUUUUGUUGGUAGACAUUAUACUACAGAAACCUAUGGUUAGAAAAGGCCAAUCACAUUUCCGUUUAUAAAUUACGAAGUUUCGUUAAAAUGUCUCUCGGCUUAUUAUUACAACUUUAAUUGUAGAUAGUGUAAUGACUUUGAAAAAAAAGAGUGUUGUAAUUUUCAAGAGAAGACUCUGUUUAGUAUUAAAUGGUAGCUUUCGUGUAUGAAAUGUAGUCUUUAUUAUAAAUUUAUUGUUGGGUUGUGUUGAAUUGUUAAAGAGUUACAAUGUACCGAGAUGGGUGGGAAUAUCGUGGUGCAUGGAUUAUUUUUUUUUUUUUAAAGUAAAUUUAGAGCCUUUUUGCUCUAAGGACUCUUGUUGUAGACUUUCUUUUAAUAUUAUUAUUAUUACUUGAAAUCAUGUUAUUUUAGCCUUUCAUUAAUUAAUCAAUCAAUUGAUAUAUCAUAGUAGAAUUUGCUCCAACGGUUUUUUUUAAAACUUUUUUUGGUUUUAAUUACUCGUAGAUUUUGCAUCUUUUUAUAAGCGAGGGUAUGAGGAUACCGUCUUUAAAUGACAUAAUCGUACCCAGUGCCUGUAAAAAUCAGUGUACAAAAUAUUUGAGAUAUUGAAACAAAAAAAAAAGUGAUUUCAUUUGUCGUUAAAAUUUCAUCAUUUUUAAUAAUGGUCGCUGUUUUAAUCCUUUAAUCCAUCAUUAAGCAAAAUGUAGUAUCCAAUUUUAGUGUGCCAUCAUCUGAUAUCUAUAUAUAUAUAACAUAUUCCAUCAAUUAUAAUCAGUAAAUGUAGUCUAAAUGUAAGCCACUCUUUCAUUCUUCAUGUUGAACCAAUGGUAGACCGUAUGAUUUACCAAUCAGUGGUUAGACAUGAUUCGAGUCCAGUCUCACUUAACCAGUGGGUAUAUUCUCUUACGUAAUUUGGACUCUCUAUCAUUUGAAAAUUGGAAUGGGAUAAAAACCGGAGUGGGAUUGGUCGGGACCAAUUCAUUCUGCAAAAUCGCAUGAAUGGAGAAAAUGAUCUCCAAAAAUCAUAUGCUUCCAUCCGGUAGAAACUAAUUGGAGAGUCCAGAUUUCUUAAUAGAAUCCACCUUAAUUGUUAAAUCUUAGGAUUUGAAAGAGCCUAGUUAAUUGAGACUAGAUACAAUUCAUGGUAAAUUGCACUUGACUGUUUUUAUGUUGCAUAAUGAUUGUAUUGUUAUUUACCGUAUGUAAACCUAAUUCUCUAAUCUCCUGAUAUGUGCUUUUUCCCAUUCAUAUCUGGUUCGCUGCUUUCACCAUGUUUUGUAUUUGCUUAAAAACAUAAAAUAUGAGAUACAUGUCA